CUCGACCCUCCGAAUUCGCCAUGUUCGCUGCCCUUCUGGCCUCGACCGCUCUUCUCACGCCUGCGCCGGCCCAGUCGCGCUCGGCCGUGACCACCGACGCCAGCGUCAGCCGCCGGAACGCCCUCCCGCUCUUCGGUGCCGGCGCCCUUGCGCUGGCUGCGGCCCCUCGUGUGGCGUUGGCGGACGACGAUGCCAUCGCCGCCAUCGCCGCUCGCGCCAACGCGGCGGCGGCGGCCGAGCGCGAGGCCAAGAAGCCCAAGCCCCUUCGCAACGACGAGGAGAGCUCGUUCCAGGUCGGCGGCGUCCUCGUCGCUGGCGUCGCCCUCUCGGUCCCCUUCUUCUUCAAGAACCUCCAGCGGCUGGGCACCAAGAUUGCCUCCGGCGGCAAAGACGACGGGCGUGGCUGACGCGGCCGCGUCAUUUUCAGAACAUGCCGAGACAGGAGGGCAGUGGAGCAACGCGCACGAACGCAAUCGCAAGCUCUGCUUUCCAACUGUUGGUCGGAUCUCCGUCCCCUGCGAGGCCUGGUGUAGAGACUGUGAGUAGUCGCGAAACGAGAUACCCCGCUUGUUCCGUCACGUCGUGCUAUAAGAGUUAAGAGAAUAGAGAA